AUGAUAGGUGGACAGAUAAUUGGCAAUGCAUAUCCGGAACAUUUGCCGGAAUGCAAACCCGUCCCAAAGCAGGUGCAACAGCUUCAGGAAAUCGACCGUGCAUGCCGAGCAAGGAUCCAAUCGGGCAGUAUGACACCGGAAGCUGCCAGGAAACUGGUUAGCUCUAUUUUUAUGCAUUAA